CAUUCAACAAACUCACCUGACGACGAGAGAGCACAAAGCGUCAAACAUCUUACAGAGCCUGAAGAGACAGACAAAGACCUUUUAAAGACAGAAGCUUAUUUUGAAAGGAGUCCUCCGGUCGCAAUGGUUUCUACUGGGUUCCAGAUCCUGGGCUCUGCUCUGGGGAUCAUAGGCUGGAUCGGCGCCAUCAUCGUGUGUGCCCUUCCCAUGUGGAAGGUUACCGCUUUCAUCGGCAGCAACAUUGUCACGUCACAGAUCACCUGGGAGGGGAUCUGGAUGGACUGCGUGGUCCAGAGCACGGGCCAAAUGCAGUGCAAAGUCUACGACUCCAUGCUAGCCCUGACCUCCGACCUCCAGGCGGCCCGGGCGCUCGUGGUCAUCUCCAUCCUGGUGGGCAUCAUGGCCAUCCUGCUCUGCAUAGCAGGGGGGAAGUGCACCAACUGUGUCGAGAAUGAGAAUGCAAAGAUCAAGGUGGGCAUUACUUCUGGCGUCAUGUUCAUAAUAGCUGCGGUCCUCUGCCUCAUCCCUGUCUGCUGGACGGCCCACACCAUCAUCCAGGACUUUUACAACCCUGUACUGGUCCAGGCCCAGAAGAGAGAGCUGGGGGCCUCGCUCUACAUCGGCUGGGGCGCGUCUGCUUUGAUGCUGAUCGGCGGAGCAAUGCUCUGCAGCAACUGCCCCAAAGAUGAAACCGGCUACUCUGCGCAGUACAAGGCUGGAAAAUCAGAGUACACGGCUGCCAGGUCCGACUACUCCAGCGUUUCAGGGAAAGACCGUGUUUAAACUGACUCUGGCUUGUCUUAGUGGGACAGAUGGACUGGUGCUGCUGGUUUGCUAAUACUAAAAACAUCAUCCUGAUCAGAACCACACCUCAAGAACAAAAUUCCUUUAAAAUGUUCAUUACUUCUAUUUAUGGCUAAAGAAUAUUGUAUCAACAUUAGUAGGUGUCUCUUUAUUGGCAUAUUUACACAAUUAUGUGUUUUUGACUACUCUUUAAUUGUGUUUGUAAAUUUUGUUUUGGCCACAUUAAUGUGGAAUGUUUCUUAUCUACCUUUUGUGAUAUUUUAUGUGACAGAUGUUUUGUAAAUGAACAUGUUUUUGUUUACAUAUGAGCUAGUCUGUGAUAUUUUCUCCAAUUUUUCACUUCUGAAAAAACUCUUUCAUGGAAAUAAUAAAUGUUUUUAAAAAUCA